UCGGACCGGGAAGCUUCAGCUAACAAGCACUGCUUCUAUAUAAAGUUUUGAGAAAGUCUCGCGUGACUAUUUCUCUCAUCCCCCCCCUUUAACCACCCUCUUACCCUCUAUUCCUCCAUAUCACCUUUGCAAUAACACAGAAUAAAAUGAUUCAUCUUAUUUUUGUUUGACAUGAAAUACCAAAAGAAAAAAAAAGAAAAACAAAUGAAUUAGUGAUUUGAAGAAAAUUUAUAGUUUUUAUGAGAAAAAUGAUAAGAGAGGUAGCCUCGGAGCUAACAUAUAUAUCCGAAGAGACUCACACAGAGAGAGAGAGAGAGAGUAAACAAAAGCUUAAUCUGAUCUUGACAUGAAUGGACCACAACAUCAAAUUGAACCCAGUGCCUUAUCCCCCAAGAGUAUAUAUAUGAUGACUAAUCAGGAUGUAUUCAGUCAAAUUCUCUGCGGGUUGGGAACCCCAUUUUCACUGGUGUGAUAUAAAUGAUGUAAACAGAGAACAGUUCGUGGGAUGAAAGCGAGCGCCACAAUCAGACUUUUCAGGUUCGCUGCCCUUGAUAUAGUGUCAGUUAUAAAUGAAAAGCUUUCCAUUUCGAACUCUUGGCUUUUAGGAAAGUCGAAGAAAAUGUGAAAUAAAAAACAAAACUAAAAAGAAAAUGAUUUUCUUGCUGUCAGUGUAGUUUGAAAUGAGAUUAAACUUAUGUUUAAUUGUGUGGCCUCGAGUAUUUAUUUAUUUAUUUUUUUUUUGUGUAAAAUAAUGUUUUAAUCAACGAUGGAGAUUACGAUAUUUCUGAAGGGGUUCGAGAGGGUUGUCACGUGACACGUAGUAGGUGUAGCAACAUCUGAUGGUGGGGGGGAUGCAGUGCGAUGUCUAUUAAAAGUAGUCUUAGCGUUUUCAGGUGUUGCGGUAAGUGGAGUUAAAAAUCAAUGACAUUCGUGUAAAUAUUUUUUCUCUUAUUGCAAUGCGAAUAGUGCGGUUCACUAAUUAUUCAACGAAAGUUCGCGAUUGAAAUUUAUUAAUAUAAAUAGUAUCAAAAGCGCUGUACAUUUGUAUAUUCGUGUAAAAAAGAAAUUUGCCUAUUAAUUAAGUCAAUUUCAAUGAUUUACAAGAAGUGGUGAUUUUUUUUUUUUUGUGAACACGCAUUGGAACCAAGUUCAGCGUCUUUACAAUUUACACAGAAGACUGAGAUGUAUUUAAUAUUCCAAGCAACAUAUCGCUCAACAGACAUAAGAAUCCUUGGAUUCCCAUUACCUACUAUUGGAAAUAUUUAAUCCGGUGGUUUCCGGUGGUUCUACGGAUAGAAGAGGGUGAUGGCCCGUACGACGCGUACUCGACGAAAAAUGGCUAAUACGACUGGCUCUCCCUCUUCCACGGGUAGCCUUCUAUCAACCCCUUCGACGACACCGUUUACCACAUCAACAACGGCAACCUAUUCCACCGAGGGUUAUAUUUUUAAUUACAGUGGCCUCGCCAGCCAAGAUGGUUACUUACUCAAUGAUAUGAAUUAUACUGAACUUUGGGUUGACGUUUGGAAUAGUACCGAGGCCAGUAAUAUUACUGAAAGACUCAAUGUUACAAUUUUAUCAGCCGAAAGCUAUUGCGAUGAAUGGGAAUCAGCUCAACAUAAACUCUUUCAAGCAGCAAAUCUUUUCUUCGCAGCAGCUUUUCUAGUUCCAAGAUCUUUUAAGGCAUCUAUUCUUGCUUUGAGAACAUUUCUAACUGCUGGAUUUAUGUUAUCGGCACUUUGGGCAGGAAUAACAAUUUGCUCAUUGGAUGCAAUGCUCUGGUGUUUGGCAUUGGGUCUUCUCAAUGGAAUUCAUUCACUUAUAUUGGCCUGUAGAUUUUUACCACCAGCUUUAAGUCCCGAGCUUGCUGAAUUGUAUCUUAAACUCUUUAAACCUUAUAAAGUCAGUAAAAAGCAUUUUCAAGAACUUGCUAAAGAAGCAAGGAUUUUAAAAUUAGAUCCUGGCCAAACUUAUGCAACCGAGGGUGUCACAUCAGCUGAUGAGCGACUAUCGAUACUCCUCCGGGGCAAGUUGAAGGUGACUUGCGAUGGAACACAUUUGCACUAUGUGAGGCAAUAUCAAUUUGUUGAUUCACCAGAAUGGGAAGCAACCCAUGAGAAUCUAGACGAUGUCUUCCAAGUAACCAUUAGAGCUGAGGAGUCCAGUACAUAUAUUUGUUGGACGAGAUUGAAACUCCUCAGGGUAUUGAGGCAUAGGCCGUUAUUAAAAGUAGUCAUCAAUACACUUAUUGGCAAAGAUAUAACAUCUAAGCUGUAUGCCCUAAAUGAACAACUGGCAGGUGUUGCUGCGGCUCACGAACACGCCGUAUCAAAUCCUUAUCGUGGUGUCGCCAGAAGUCUUAGUGUUGAUGCUGUAAACACAGAAAUUGCUGGCAGAGUUCGUUCUACGACGUGGAAAGCCCAUAGGAGAUUUAGCAACGCUCGAAGUGACAAAAGUUCACCAGCAAGAUUUUCUCACCAAUAUUGGGCACCAGUGGUAGCGAACCAUUUUCCAGCAACGUCGCCAUUUACCCAAACUCAAAGUGUUUAUGCCGGAUAUUCGGGGUAUUCGAUGUUACCUCAGGGUAUCCAGUUUUCGCCACCUCCACGAAUUUCAAGCUCCUCGCAUCAAGCUUUAUCGCGACAACGAAGCGGCGGUGCCAGUGGCGAUUAUACUUUACUGCCACAGACUCCAAAACUCGAGAGAAAGCGUUCGAAAAAGGCCGUCAGAGAGUUCAUUUCACAUGUUGUCUUUUCACAAUGCUGCACUUUAACACAAGGCUGAUAAACGUGUCACCGCAAAAGAAAAAAUAUCUUGAUCCAGAAAAGCAACGCAGUCGCAACUUCAAAAAGUGUGAUCUAUACUUUUUGAAAAUUGCGCAACGAUUUUCAUGUGAAUCCACCCCACCAUGUUUCCA